AUGGCAAGUAAUAAUGAAAUUGUUGGUUACAAUGGAAAAGAAUCUGAUAAUUUAAUGCAAAUGAGUGAUUACUCAUUCCUAGAAAGAUCGGUUCAUGAGGUGUACAUAUGGAUAUGGUUUAUUUUACAUGUAUGGAGGGUAAUUAUCGAGGCCAUUUGGUGUGAUGGAUUCUCAGCAUUAAGACUCAAACAUAUAUCAUCAUUUGAAUUAAAAUCAUUUGUUACAAUAUUCAUACUUUUUGCAUUACCAUUAGAAUCAUUUUACGAUAUAAUCACAGCAAAAAUAAAAUAUGUGGAAGGAUUAUAUUUAUUUCCGGGUGCAGACGAAGUGAUGAGGGCAAAACCAAGAUGGUUAUGGUCAGAAGAAAAUCAAUUGUGGGUCUUACCAAGUUAUUACAUAUUAAUGGUUGGAAUUAGCUUUCAAGCGAUAACUUUGUAUUUAUUACAAUGUUUUUGGAAUUAUUUAGUAAAUUCAAUCGCGCAAGUACCAUUCAUGACAAGAGAAGAAUUCUCAUUUUACAUCGUAUGGGGGGUGGUUAGUGUUGGGUCGUUUCCCGUUCUACCAUACGUAUUUAAAAAUAAUGACGUCUUGUUGGAGGCGAUACCGCAAGUCGUAUAUGCAACGCAAUUAUUAAUUUUAACAUUGCUUGGAGUACGUACGCAUCAAAAGUUUCGUAGAUUAAUUGAGACCACUUCAACGCAUAAAAAUUCAACAAGCGUUAUCGCAAAGAUAAGAUAUUUUAUUGACAUGAACAAAUUGUUAACCACGUCACUGGCCAUCAUGAGCGCAUCUGACUUGUUGGUUGCGCACGUCAAUUUCGCAGCUGUGGUAGAAUGGAUCGUGUUGAUACUUAUAUUUUAUCCAAGGAAAGGAUUUGUUGGUACAGAAGCUGGUGGAACCUCAUUUAAUACGAACACCACCAAUCUGGGAUUAAGUAGUGUAAAUGCAUUAUCAUCGCAAGUCACUACCGCUACAAAAUUUGGAACUUUGACGUCCGGUGCAUCUGUUGGUAUCGGUGUUAAUAUAAAUGUAUUUCCACGUAGUCAUAGUAACAGCAUGAUUAGUAGUCAUAAUUUCGCAUCGGUUUCAUCAAAUAAUAAUAGCGUUUCUGAUCUUGGUAAUUAUUCAGAUAAUAAUAAGGAGGAAAUUAUCAAAGCUCCGGUACCCUUACUUAAACGUAAUAUAUCAAUAAGUAAAGAUGGUAAAAUGUUAUACGGUGAGACAAAACCUUUAGGUAAGGUGAAGGGAGCCGAGUUCGUCGCUGUGGAAAAAGCGGAUCCUAGUGUUAUACCCAGUUAUUAUUUUAUGGGCGAAUUUACGGAUAGGGAUGGUAAUAUACAUAAAGUACCCCCAUUAGUUAACGGGGGAGAACGUGGUGUUAUAGGAGGAAAUAGCAAUAAUGUAAUACCUAAACAAGAAAUACAAAUUAAUAAUGAUGAUGUAGACAAUGAGGAAGAAGAUGAGGAAGAAUUCUUUUAUGCAAUUCGAUCGGCCUGGAAAGGUCCCUUCUUUGUAAAGUUUCCUGGCCUACGUCAUGCUCAAGCGACGAAAACUCCGAUAAAAACUCAAGCAAGAUCAUGUACGGUUUUACCAUCAUUUGUCGGGUUAAAAUUUUUAGUACAUAACGGUAAAGAUUACAUACCCGUUAAUAUUACUGAAGAAAUGAAAAACCAAAAACAAGUGAGACCUCUCGAAGGAAAAAGGAAUUAUUAUGAUGGGAAGAGUUUGUGA